UCUCGGUGCCAGCCUUGACUGCUUUCUACCCAUAUCUGCUUCACCACCGCAUUCAAUUGCUAACGAGCAUCAUUGAUCGUCAUAACGGAGUACUCCUGCUUUUUUCCCUUCCGUCUCUUUGAUCAGAUCUCCCCAGAUCGCAUCGGCUGAGGAUCAAACACCCCUCAUUCCAGUUGUCAGCCAAUCGCGUUGUUGUUGUCGCGAAAUUGCAUUGGAGCAUCCCAGUCUCCCACGUUCCUGGGCACUCGAACCUCGAGACCCCCUUGGUCUGGCUUGGCUUAUUUCGGGGAUUUAUUAAGAAGGGAUGGCGACCACUGCACAAGCCCGACCGUGCGUCGAGCUCACCAUCCACGACGAUCACUGCGAUGUCCUUGGCCCUCUUCCACUCAGCAACAUCCAAAACAGAAGGUCCAGUACCGUCGACUCCUUGACUCGUCAAUUCGGCAUAUUUCAGAUUCACAGCAAAGAUAAGGAGAACGGUGUUGCCCGAGCCCCAGUGACAUCGCUUGGCACCAAAGACGCGGCCUGUGACGGCUCCCAUAGACUUUCUGUUGCGAGCACGAGCACCGCCUCGCCGGAUUCAGAAGUAGUGUUCGAGCACAACAACCCCCUCGCUGUAGCCAGCCGGGACCUUCCGAGCACAGAGGAGCAACUGUCAAAGCACCAAGAAGGUCAGUUUGAGUGGUUGCUUUCGAUUCCGGUAAAGACGUCCGCCAUAGGCUGCAGGGCGCGCGGCGACUCUCACGGCGACGCGGAACAGCGCCCCGGUGAAAAGACGCUGUACUUCGGGUGUAACCUUGUCCACCGCAGAUCGGCAUCGGGGGGCUCGUUCAAGGAGAACGGCAAGUCAACUGAUGUGUAUACAUUAUUAGCCACUCGGAUUGGAAGCAAGGAGAGAGCCGCAACGGAUAUGACGGCCGAAGUUGAGCAGGUGGAAAGCGCGGCCGCAGAGACGGUUGCAGCUGAGCACUCAGAGGUGAGACUGGAUGUCCCCAGAGAUGGCACUGCUGGCAGUUCCGGUGGCGAGCCUUCCAAGCCAGUGUCUCGUAUUGAGGACUCUGUCGAGGCCCUCGAUAAGCUUGAGGAAGAGAUAGAAGCGCUUACCGAGGUGGCCCAACUUGAGCGGAUGCUUUCUCCCGACAGCGCCAACCCUGUCAAACAAACUGCUACGGGCGCGAAGCCGACACCUAUGAAGCGAGCAACAUCGGUCAAAGCAGGUGCAAGCUCGGGCAGGGGCAAGACAGUGGAGCGCAGCUCCUCGGUGCUCAAGGCGACGUCCACGCCGUCAGCGAAUGGAGGUGAGAAGAGUGCUGCCGGAAGUUCUACUGCACGGAAAGUCCCCAGACCGGCAAGCCUUCUCCCGCCGAAGCCGCCGGCUAAGUCUAGCAAGCCCCCCACUGUGCCAACCUUCGAGCUGCCUGGCGAGGCUGUGGCUCGUCGCUUGAAGGAGCAGCGCGAACAACGCCGGUCCCAGCCGAUCUCACCGGAGCAAGCUGCAGCCCUGGCGGCUGCCUACUCACCGUCCAAGCCGCACGUCAAGUCGAGCAAACCACCCACACGGCCGACAUUUGAACUGCCCGGCGAUGCUAUCUCCCGGAAGAAGCGCGAGGAGCACGAGGCGAAGCUGCGUGCGCAAGAGGAAGAGGAGCGCAAGCGGCGCCAGUUCAAGGCGAGGCCCAUCCGCGCCAGCCUCGCGCCAUCCUCGGUCCCGCGCGAGACGCUGGCCAGCCAAUUGCGACAGAAGCAGCGGCGGACCGAGGCUUCGAGCGACUCGAACUCGACCACCAUCACCCCUGCCACCAAGAAGCGACAGUCCGUGGCCGGGCCCGCCACCACCACAGCAACAACCACAACCCUCCCUAUCCGCGGCCGCGGCCUUGCCACCGACCAUGAUCACCCUGCCGGGCAACACGGCCUCUCCAGCCGCGCGACCUCCACGUCGACGGGUAGCAUCCAUCGCAGCGGCAGCACGGCAAGCGGCCGGAGCGGCCAAAGCAAGCGGAGCACGGUCAGCGCCGAGGAAGCGGCGCAGCAGAAGCAGCGGGGCAAGGAGGUGUUUGCGCGCGACAACUCGUAUACCGCUGAGCGUGAGCGAGAGCGCCGCGAGAGGGAGAAGGCCGCCAAACUGGCGCGGCAGCAGGCAGCGGAGCGGUCUAGGAUGCUGAGUCGCGAGUGGGCCGAGAAGCAGCAGUUGAAGAAGCAGAGGGAGCGGGAGAGGAUCAAGGGCCAGACCGCUACCGUGGCUUGAGGCUUUGGGGUUGGUUGUUGUGGGGAUGUGGGGAGGUGAGGUGUGGCUUCCGAACGGUGUUGGCGUCAAGUGUGUUAAGAGGACCGGGGGUUGCAUUGCGUCUGCGUUUGGGGAGUUGUGUAGGCUUAUAUCCUUGUGCUGCGUUGGUUUUUCGUGGUUGUUUCUGUUUGCUAUUCAAGUUCUGAUAUUUGGAGGUGAGGUGUCUGGUAACCCGUCGGGAGCGCACAAGGCGGCGGUGGCUGUCUUCGUGGACGCCUGGUAAGGUUCUAGUAGGGUCCAACUUAUUCUUGUCUGCCUUAGCUUGCCGCUUUAGCAUCGACACAUCUUUAUUCUCUUUAGAUAGCUUCUUUGGUACGCCAGGUCUGGGAACCGUAAAAUUGAAAUACGCAGGUCUUAAGCUG